GACGUGACGUCAUGAACACUUCAAAAUGGCUACUGGUUGUGGUAUUAGUGCUGCUGACUGGUACAUAGGGAUUGCAUUAAUCUGUUACAGCACAGGCCCGAUUGAAAUGUUAUUUUGACCAAACGUUCCUCAAAACAGCAUGCUGUUUUUGUGGGUCUGCCAGAUUAAAAACGACAGACUACAAAACAUGGUCACGCUCUCAAAGAACAACGAAGACUGGGAGCUCAGACGUCCGAGGUGGCGACGCUGCAGGAUUUUAUGUCCGAAGCUGUAACUAGCUUCGCGGAGGGUACAUGAAAUGGAAACAGCAGAACAUGGAGAUGUGGUUCUUGUUUUGCCCGUCGAUGUCAACGAAAACGAAGAGGCAGGUAAAUCUUACGGUUCACAUGCCGACUGUAAUAUAAUAGCAACGUCUCGCCCAUUGGACGACAACGGAAGCCGAGUAUGCGUGUCGGAUGAGGGUCAAACGGGGAAAGGUUAUGUUUAUAUUGCCAGCAAUAGGAAGAAUCCAAUCGUUGACUGUGUCGUGUUACCAUCGCAGAACGUCCGAGUUGGGAAUACAAUAAUGCGGGAUUUGGUUGCAGAGUGUCUCCCCACUCAGAUGAAUGAAAGCUGUGUAAUUUCAGACCUGUGCAACGACCCACCGCACCCGAACGACCACAGACUUAAUGGAUUUACUGAGUCAUCGGUUCAGCUGAUGGUCGGGUCGGAAGAUGACGGAGGGGGGAGCGGGGGGCUUUUUUCCUGCUCAGACACAGCUGCAAGCGCCUACAGACACGAGGAGGGGAACGGAAUGUUACUGCAGCUGGCUCGUGUUUCACAGCGGGGAAAACUGGAUUAUGAGGGGGAGACUCAAGAUUCCAACUCGGGUACACUGAACGAGGGGGAUUCUAAUAUGGAGUCAGGGCCACAGCCGCCAUCUCUCUCUCCAUUGUCAUGUAGGCCUACAGACAACCAUCAACAGAAUUACACUUUCACAGACACUGUUGAUUUGGACAUGAAGAUGGCCAACGGGGAUAUGGAUUGCUAUUUAUCAAAUGAUGAUUGGUCUACAGAUGUGGAUACUGAUUAUUGUAGCCAGAUGGACACAUGCAACCGACUGCUAUGCCAAGAACUUGACUGCUCUGUCAUGGAAGUAAAUGUAGCAAAUGGUGGCCUGCAUACUGUAAACACUGAAGCUACAUGUGAUUUUGAUGCUGUUUCCUCAGAAAGAACCACAAAUGUUCCAUUUGAUGUCGUCGUGGUGCACACUUCUAAUCUGCAGCGCCAAAACAUCCAGUCAUCACCUGCAUUAUGUGAGAGAAACAGCGGGGGUUUGAGGCAUGGCAGCCCAGAGAGAGCUCCCCCAGCAGCUGCCAAGCCCCCCGACGCAGCGAGUAGUGUUCCGGACUCUGAGGGUGUCCCUUCAGAAUCGAGUGCCAAACUCCCGUCUCCCUCUCCGUCAACACUUUCUGAAAACACCAGCAACAGUCCAAACACAGAACCCAGCAUGAGAGAGGAUUUGAGUGAGUGCAGUCUCCCAGUUAGGCCUCUCAGCCUCAGGACUAACCCAAACAUCACAGUCUCUCUGAGCUGUGAUGCCACCCCUCUCAGCCCGGAGGAUGGGGACGUGUUAUUUGGAGAUGAGGGUGGUGCUGACGGCUCUAGAAACACUUAUUGAUAUCGGUCGUCGUCAAAGUGCCCCAGAGAAACUCCCCGACGGGUCGACAGCUCUGUCCUCUUCUAAGAAGUUUGGAAUCUCAGAUUUUUUCACCAGGAAUCUGUUUUCUAGGAAGCCCAAAGAGCCAAAGCCACCUUCCCAGAAUGCUCCUGGGUGGAGGUUGUUUGGAAAGGUCCCCCUGAGGGAGAACACUACUAAAGAUCCUAAAGACUCCUUCACCAUCCAGCAGGAGUACCAGGUGAAGGUUGGACCAGCUCCAGGCCCCCAGGUCCAGCUCUCUGCAGCGCGGCGGAAGAACCUGGAGUUUGAGCCGUUGUCUACCACAGCUCUGAUACUAGAGGACAGGCCACCGAACCUUCCUGCCAAGUCUGUUGAGGAGGCCAUGCGUCACAAACAAGAGUAUGACGAGAUGGUGGCAGGAGCCAGGAGGAGAGAGCUGAAGGAGGCCCAGAAGAAGAAGCGUCAGAUGAAGGAGAGGUUUAAACAGGAGGACAGCAUCGCCAACGCCAUGGUCAUCUGGAACAAUGACAUCCUGCCUAACUGGGACUGCAUGCGUAACACGCGUCGAGUCAGAGAGCUCUGGUGGCAGGGCCUUCCUCCCAGCGUCCGAGGACGAGUCUGGAGCCUGGCCAUCGGCAACGAGCUCAACAUCACCCCCGAGUUGUUUGAGAUAUUUCUGUCUCGGGCCAAGGAGAGGUGGAAGAGCUUCAGUGAGACCAGCUCUGAAAAUGAGAUGGAGGCAGACUCUGGAUCAUUGCAGACAGAUAGAGAGUCAAGUCUGGACCUGAUAAAGCUGGACAUCUCCAGGACCUUCCCCUCUCUCUUUAUUUUUCAGAAGGGUGGGCCCUAUCAUGACCUCUUGCACAGUGUUCUGGGGGCAUACACGUGUUAUAGACCAGACGUGGGCUAUGUCCAGGGGAUGUCCUUCAUCGCUGCAGUGCUAAUCCUGAAUCUGGAGGAAGCUGAAGCCUUCAUCGCCUUCGCCAACCUACUCAACAAGCCCUGUCAGAUGGCCUUUUUCAGAGUGGACCACGACCUGAUGUUGAAAUACUUCGCUGCUUUCGAGGUGUUCUUUGAAGAGAACCUCCCACGGCUGUUCAAUCACUUUCAGAUCAACAACCUCACCCCUGACCUUUAUCUCAUAGACUGGAUCUUCACCCUGUACAGUAAGUCGUUGCCAUUGGACGUGGCGUGUCGCGUGUGGGACGUGUUCUGUCGGGACGGGGAGGAGUGUCUGUUCCGGACAGGCCUGGGCAUCCUGCGCCUUUACCAGGAGGUCCUACUGCAGAUGGACUUCAUCCAUAUGGCCCAGUUCCUCACCCGCCUGCCUGAUGACAUGGCCGCUGACAACCUGUUCAGCUGCAUCACUGCCACACAGAUGCUCAGCAGCAACCGCAAGUGGGGCCAGGUCUUCUCUGCAUUGAUGAAGGAUGGCAGUAAGGAAAUAGCCAACCACAGUCCGGCUCCAAGAAGCUAACGGUUUAGACACACGAACCCCACUACCCAAUGUGUUUCUGAAUCUGUGACACACACACUUGGAUUUCUUCUGGGGACUGUUGCUAAGGCAACAGGAAUGCUUUGCUUGGUUAUUAAAUGGACACCAAAUGGAUGUAAUACUGGGAGGUGGCAACACAUCCCUACAUAUCUCUCUCCACACACACACACACACACACACACACACACAAACACAAAAAUGGCAUCAGAAGUGUGACUGAAGUGAAUGUUGGUGCAUCAGAGAAGCAUUAGCAACUAUGAAUGAUGAAAUCUGGUAGAAAAUACUUUAGGCCGGGAGAGUUCUGUUAUUGCGCAUACGGCAAGUGGCUAUAAGGAGUUCCCAAAACUCCUAUCAACACUCCAUUGGUUUGCAUACACUACACACAUUAAUUAUAUGUCCAUUUUCAUCCCUACAUAUAUCUCCACAUACACACACUCACAUAAUAACAGCAUUAUAAACAGGCCUUAGGUGGACCGUGAAACCACUGACUCACCCAUACAGUCUGGUCAGAAAUAUGUUAUACUUUCAGAUUGUAAAGCUGUUAAAUGUACUUGUCUCUUUGUUUUUAGGUUAUACCAAAUUUCUCCACGACUAAGUGUUUGUAAAUAUGAACUUAAACAUAUGUACCUAUAUUUGUAUGUAUUAAUGUAUGAUAUACACAUACAGUAUUUUCCUCGUGUUUACUAAUUCAACAGGACCCUUGGCAUACAGUGAUUCUGGAAUAGGAAAUACCAACGGUAAAUCAAAGAGCGACUUGGUGAAAUCUUUUGGAAAAAUAUUGAAUCUGAGUGCUCUUAUGUUAGUUUAAAGGUCCAAUGCAGCCAUUUUUAUCUCAAUAUCAAAUCAUUUCUGGGUAACAAUUAAGUACCUUAAUGUGAUUGUUUUCAAUUAAAAUAGUCAAAAAGAAACAAAUAGCUUCUUAACAAAGAGCAAUUUCUCAAGGAAGAAUUUUGAUCGCAGUGUCUGGGAGUGGUCUGAAUGAGGGGAAAACGGAAUAGUAGAUGUUAUUGGCAGAGGGAUUUGGAACUUUCUUAUUGGUGUAUUAACAAAUUUACUGCCUGGUGAUGUCACCAGGCAGGCCAAAACUCCAUCCCACCAGAACAGGUUGACAUUUCAGGCUGUCUUUUCAAACAGCUCUAACACUAAAAGGGCAUUAUCGUAAUUAUCACAAUAUUAUUCCAACCUCGUAGUGUGGAAGCAUAUAUAAAAAACAGGCUAAUCACGUUUUUUGCUGCACUGGGCCUUUUAAAUAAAGCCCUGAAGAGGAGAGGGGGGGGGGUCAUUUUGAAAUAAAAGUGCAUUAUGAAUCUCAAGGGCCCCAUGAUGAUGCAGUGUUUUUGGAGAAACAUGUUUGAGUAACUGCUUUAUGUUGAGUUAAAUCUACAGUUGGUGAUGUCUGAUAGUACAGUGCUUUGAUUAAAUAUUUAGAAAGUAGUGGAGGAGAACAACAUUCUUGCAAGAUGUUUGAUUUAUUUUAAGAUUGACAUUUGGUCUGUAUGCAUACUAUUUAAGUUGUAGCAUUGCUUCAUGUAAAAUAAUCAUUCCGCUUGUUUUUGUCCAAUUUACAAUUGUACAGUUUUCAUACGCCUUACUGGUACUGUAUAUGUAAUGUAAAAAAGAUCUAUUUCGUAAAUGGCCACUAGUUAAAUGUGUAAAUAAAUAUCUGGGCAACAGAA